AGGAGGGAGGGCACAACAUAAGAUUAUUUCCGGAACCACUAACACACGUGUGGGGAAAACUGGCGUACAGUGGUGUCUGGUCUGUACUGAAUAUCACCAGAUGCCUGGCAUGUUUCCGUCUUGCAUCGGUCAGGAAAUCGGUGCGUGUGUUUGACGGGUGGAAUAUACGAAAUAUUUCUGAAAUACACAGACGGUUAUUUAACCCAGUUGUUGUUGCUAAGCCCCACAUACAUUUCAGUUGGAUGGCUGAAUCAGAGCCUGCGCCUCUCUCUGUCGAGGUUGGAGAGAAGAGAACCUGCCCAGGGGAUGAGGUGGAAAACACUCAGUCAAAAAAGCUAAAACUAGAGACUGAUCUCGAAAAUGGAGGUGCCUCCAACCAAGAUGAGGAUCUUGAAGGGGAGGCAGAUGAUGAAGAGGAUGGCGAUACCUUUGCUAACAUGAUGAAGCAUGGCCUGACUGAAGUGGAUGUGGGCAUCCUAAAGUAUAUCAGUGACCAUCAGGGCUUCUCGGGAAUUCUGAAAGAAAGAUACUCAGAUUUUGUUGUACAUGAAAUCAACAAACAAGGCAAGGUGGUGCAUUUCGAUGACCUAUCUAUUCCUGCAGACACUGAGGAAGUCCCAGAGCCCGAGAAAGAUUAUGAUGUUCUAACAGAGGAACAGAAAAAGCAGCUCAGUGAGCUGCAGCUCUUCAAAAAUAAGGAAGAGAAUGUCUCCAUUGAGGUGGUGGAUGAUACCAAAGAGAAACGGACGCUUGUCCACAAAGCCAUCAAGACUCAGUAUCCGGGAGUGGAAACCAAGACAGAGGAGAAAGACGGGCGCAAGUUCAUAGUGGCUUACCACGUGGCCGGGAAGAAGGCUUUAGCGGCUCCAAGGAAACACUUUUGGCCGAAGAACCGUGGCAGCUUCUGCCACUUUGUCCUGUACAAAGAGAACAAAGACACCAUGGACGCCAUUAAUGUCCUCUCCAAGUUUCUCAGGCUGAGACCUAAUAUGUUCUCCUACAUGGGAACAAAGGACAAGAGGGCGAUCACCGUGCAGGAGAUAGCAGUGCUCAAAAUCACGGCGGAGAGGUUGGCCCAUCUCAAUAAGUGCCUCAUGAACCUUAAGCUUGGAAACUUCUGCUACAAAAACCAUCCUCUGAAGCUGGGGGAGCUGCAGGGCAACCAUUUCACGGUGGUCAUCAGGAACAUCUCAGGAACGGACGAGCAGGUCCAUCAGGCCAUGACGUCCCUCAGGCAGACGGGUUUUAUUAACUACUACGGCAUGCAGCGCUUUGGCACCACGGCCGUGCCCACACACCGAGUCGGCAGGGCCAUUCUGAAAAACGACUGGAACGAGGUGGUGGAUCUCAUUCUGAAACCUCGACCCGGAGCUGAGAAAGAGUUCCUGGUCCGCUGCAGAGAGGAAUGGGCGAAGACUAGCGACCCCGAGGCGGCGCUGAAGAAGCUGCCCAACAAGCGCUGCGUGGAAGGCCAGCUGCUCCGAGGCCUGUCCAUGUACGGCAAGAAGAACAUCAUCACCGCCUUCGGACUGAUUCCUCGCAACAACCGGCUGAUGUACAUCCACAGCUACCAGAGUGUGGUGUGGAACACCAUGGUGAGCCGCAGGAUCGAUGCCUUUGGCCUGAAGGCCGUGGAGGGGGACCUGGUCCUCAGAGGAACGGCAGCACACGUGCUGACCGCAGAGGAGGCCGCCAGCGCCUCCAUCCAUGACAUCGUGAUGCCUCUCCCAGGGUUUGACGUCAUCUACCCCACUCACCACGUUGGGAAAGGCUACAGCGAGCUGCUGUCUGCAGACGGGCUGGACAUCGACAACAUGAGGCACAAAGUGAAGGACUACUCUCUAGCCGGAGCCUACAGACGCGUGGUCAUCCGACCCUCGGACGUCAGCUGGGAGGUGAUUGAGUACGACGAUCCCAGGAUCUCUCUGGUACACACCGACUACGAGAAGCUGGAGAACAAACCUGCUCCAGUCUUCAACAAAGAGGGGAAGUACCGCGGCCUUCGGAUGGAGUUCUCCUUGCCCCCCUCGACCUACGCCACCAUGGCCAUCAGAGAGGUGCUGAAGCUGGACACGAGCAUCAAGAAACAGACGCAGCUCAACACCACCUGGUUCAACUAAGGCCGGAAUGCUUUCAGGAAUGAGCCGGACUGCUGUGCACAGCUAGCCUCCGUAACGACUCGCUUUUGUGAGUGUUUUUUUUAGCAUAUUCUGCUCGAGUGCGUGCGUGGACGAGAGAGAAAAAGAGCAACGUGGUUCUUUAUGAACCUUAAGGUAGUUUCUUUGACAUACAAAGAGCAACAAUUAUCUCUAUUCAACCUUUUUUUUUUUAAUGGUGUUUUUACUUUAAAAAGGUUCUUUACAGAAGUGACUCCGUAUGUCGGACGGUUGAUGUAAACCUUGUAGUUUUGAGGUGUUCGUACACGCCAGUGUCACUGCGGCAGAUUCGUACAAAGUUUUUUUCUUUUAGCUAUGAGCUGUAAAAAUAUCCUGAUUAAACAUGAAAUUGGUCACGGUAAAUAUGCUGAUGGUGUCUGUGGUUGUCAACGUCAUUAAAGAAGGGUUCAAUUAGUUUAUUUCUAUGUAUGAAAAGGUCCAAGUAGAGUCACUUGUUUAAUAUA